UUCCAAUUCAUAUUGUUUCAAAGAUAUUUAAGAAAAAAAAUAGCCAAAAAUACUGAUUGUUCAAGCUGAAUGGUUCAUGUUGCGUACGCAGCCAUUGAGCUUACUGCUUUACAUUUAAAUGGCUGGUUAGCGAUCACUAGUGCACAUGCACAUUCAGAUUUCGUCUGAAACACUCCACCUCCCCAGCUCCACCUGUAUAGAUCUACUGCAGUUUAUUAUAUAUGAUACUUGUGCAGCAGCAGUCUGAAAUACUCUCGGCACCAUAUUGGCGUAUGUAUUGGCAGUAGCAAGUUCUUGUACUUCCUUUACAGAAACAGCAAUAAUCUACAACAACAGCAGCAACGUCUAUUCCGCCAAAGACCAAAUAUAGUAACGUUGUCAUAUUCGUAACCAUGCUAAAAUCAUCCGAGAGUUCUCAUAAUAGAAAUAUAUUUUCAGUAGAAACAGCUUGUUUCAGUGUUGGGGAGAAUGAGCAAUUGUUUUGCUUGUGUGUCGACAAGGCACAGCAGCUGAUUUAAGAGGAAGUAUCGUGCUGUGUGACACUGUGACAGUGGGGAUGGGGCUCUGCGGCCGAGAGAGAGUGAGAGAGAGAGAGAGAGAGAGAAAGAGAGAGAACAGCAGGUUAGUGGAAUCUGAGGCCUUCACUAAUCCCAUUAGCUGUGCACAAAUUGAUGCACGGGAACGAGACGAGUGAGGAUGACUGCGUUAAUCCUACCUCACUGACACCGGCCCUGGUCAGGAAAUGAAAGCUCAAGAGGUGUUUGGCACCUCAUGCAGUCUUUAAUUAAUAUCUCCAGCAGCAUUACCGUCACUGUAGCACUGCCGCGAGAAGACGAAGCAGGACGUGCUCGCUUUUACACGGGAAGUGCGGUUGACAGGCGGCCGGCUCGGCCAAUGGAGAAGCUCUAGGAUAGAAAGGAUGUAUUGUGCUGCAUUCUCUCGCAUUCCUCCCCCCACCGCUGCCUCCCUCUUCUGCCGCUAAAGCCAGCCUCCGCUACUCUGGUAUCCUGGAUACGCUUCACAGCACCGCCAGCCGAUUGGCUGGGAAGGAUGAGAGAAAAAAAAAACGGGAGCAAAAACAGAAGUCAAUUCAGGGAGAUGGAUGGAUGGUUUUUGCUAGAGCCGCUAAGCAUAGAUGCAGCAACCAUUUCCGCCCCUCAGCUUUGCAUUUUGCAAAAGGGACGGUGAAAAGAGAAGGAAUUUCAAGUGCGUUAAUCAGAUCCAGGGGAAUUAACACGGCCGUGCGUUUAAGCGGAGCGGUAGGACGAGGGACGGGAACGAGGGGGAGGCAGUGAAGGGGAGCGUGGAAGGAGAAAAACAGACAGGAAGGGGCACAAAAUAGCACAGAAGGAGAAGAAUACAUGGAGGCGGAGAGACACAUCCACCCCUGCUCCUGACAUCAGCAGUGCGCGGGGAAAGAUCCAAAGGGAGUGAGGGACGAGGAGGAGGAAGAUAGCGUGCACGCGAGAGAAAGAGAGAAAGAACGAGAGGGGAACGGAAAGGAAGUGAGCAGGUAACUGUGGACGUGGAGGCUCUUCCCCUUCCCCCCCACGUUUCACCGAGAACACUGAGUGGAUCCGGCCGGCAAACCGUGUGCCAUCGAGCGUUCGCGUACAGACCUCUUGGCGACGGGGCUUCCGGCGCCAUGGCUCGUGGAGGCCAGCGAACGACGUCUCGGCAGGGCAUGGCUCACUUCCUGUUGCGGUGCAACCUCAGCCCGGAGGCCCAGAAGGUGGUGGUAUUCGUCAUCAUGAUGUUGCUGGUCAUCAUCAACGUAGUGCUGAUGUUCCUGCUGGCCUUCCAGUAGGGCGCAGCCGCAGUGAAGAGAAAGAGCGAGGGGAGGGGUGGCGAGGAAGACGAGGAGGAGGAGGAGGAGGAGGGAAAGUUGGUCCCUCACGCUCACUCGUGGAUGGGUUUUCAGGAUGCAGACAUCACAGUGCAGCUGAUCAGUGAUGGCAGCGUAUGCGCGGAGGCUCUAUGGGACCACGUCACCAUGGACGACCAGGAGCUGGGCUUCAAAGCUGGAGACGUCAUUGAAGUAGUGGACGCCACAAACAAAGAGUGGUGGUGGGGCCGGGUGCUGGAUAGCGAGGGCUGGUUCCCCGCCAGCUUUGUUCGGUUACGGGUGAACCAAGAUGAGCCCAUGGAGGAAUACUUAGCUCAUCUGGAUGGGGCCUCAGAGGGGGGUGGGGCCAGCAUGGGGGGCCCCUUAGGGCCCGGUCUGCCUUGUAAAGAGCAAAUGAGAGCCAACGUCAUCAAUGAGAUCAUGAGCACAGAGAGGGAUUACAUCAAACACCUGAAGGACAUCUGUGAGGGCUAUAUAAAACAGUGUCGGAAGAGGACAGAUAUGUUUACUGAGGAGCAACUGCGCACUAUCUUUGGGAACAUCGAUGAGCUCUACCGUUUCCAGAAGAAGUUCCUCAAAGCCUUGGAGAAGAAAUUCAACAAAGACCAUCCUCACCUCAGCGAGAUUGGCUCCUGCUUCUUAGAGCACCAAACAAACUUUCAGAUCUACUCUGAAUAUUGCAACAACCACCCCAAUGCCUGCGUGCAGCUCUCCAAACUGAUGAAGAUCAAGAAGUACGUGUUCUUCUUUGAGGCCUGUCGUCUGCUCCAGAAGAUGAUUGACAUUUCCUUGGAUGGAUUCCUGCUUACUCCUGUUCAGAAGAUCUGCAAGUAUCCUCUGCAGCUGGCUGAACUGCUGAAGUACACCAACCCACAGCACAGAGAUUAUAAGGAUGUGGAAGCUGCCUUAAAUGCAAUGAAGAAUGUGGCCCGACUGAUCAAUGAGAGAAAGAGGCGUCUGGAGAAUAUUGACAAAAUUGCUCAGUGGCAAAGCUCCAUAGAGGACUGGGAGGGUGAAGACAUCUUGAGCAGAAGCUCUGAUCUGAUUUUCUCAGGAGACCUGACCAAGAUCUCCCAGCCACAGGCCAAAGGCCAGCAGCGAAUGUUCUUUCUCUUUGACCACCAACUGGUUUUCUGUAAGAAGGAUCUGCUUCGGAGGGACAUCCUGUACUACAAGGGUCGGUUAGACAUGGACCAGAUGCAAGUGGUGGAUGUAGAGGAUGGGAAGGAUAAGGAUUUUAAUGUGAGUGUGAAGAAUGCCUUGAAAUUAUGUUCUCCUGGGGGAGAGGAGGUCCACCUUCUGUGUGCCAAGAAACCCGAGCAGAAGCAGCGCUGGCUGCGAGCCUUUGCCGAUGAGCGGGAACAGGUCCAGCACGACCUCGAAACAGGUUUUACGAUCACAGAGGUCCAGAAGAAGCAGGCCAUGUUGAAUGCAUCUAAAAGUCAUCCAACAGGGAAGCCCAAAGCAUUAGCUUUACAGCACCUUUUGGCACUCAGAAGUCCUUCACUUCUUCACCCAAAAGCUUCCAAGUGCCUACGUUUUUCUGAACCUACGGGACCUCUGGCUCCCAGGGCCACUUUAACUUCACCUCUCCUCCCUGAAGGCCCUCAGCGUAGGCAGGGGCGGGGGGUUAGGGUGCCCCCUGGGGUCCUGCGCAGGGCCAUAUCUUGGGUGUCCUCUCAAAGUAGAGAGCCGAUCGAGUAGUCCAGGCUGUGACCAGGCCCUACUAUGACUUCCUGCUGCGUCAGAAGCACCCCACGCUUCCCACCUCCCUUCCCCAGCAGCAGGUCAUCAUGUUGGCCGAACCCAAACGCAAGACCUCCAAUUUCUGGCACAACAUCGGACG